AUGAGCAACAAACUGAGUAUAGACGAAGUUCUGUUUAUUGGAUCGCUGAGAGCAGACGUUAGCGACGUGACCAGUUAUCUUACAGCCUGUGCAGGAAACAAACCCAGAUGUGCAUGCAACACUCAUGUGCCCCUUUUGACCGCAUCGUCCACAUGCUUUGGGGCAUGUAGGGGCCUUGUGAGCAGGGUCCCAGCAAAUGAAACAAGCAUUUUGACUAGCUUUGGGACGACGAUGCUGGGGAGGAACAGAAGGCGGAGCAGUGGGAGUGCGAGGCUUUCCGGAAACCUGAGCGAUGAAUUUGUCACAAAUAUCCUGGGGAGCUGGGAUAGGAUCAAGGGCCGAAGAUGGGUAUUGCUCGAAGUAGGCAGGUUCGGCUUGGUGUUGUUCAAGAACCGAGGCCGUGUGACGACGAAUAGCGGCUGCACGAG